AAUUACGCGCCGCUUUCUAGAGCCAAUCCAUGAACGUAUGAUAUUCUUACGUGCCAAUCAGGAGGCUGAAAAACGGGAAAUCAAUAUGCCCCUCCUUUUCCUACGCGUUGGUUUCCCCCUGAUCUAAGAUGAGUACUUUGGGCUCCGUCCAUAUAUUCGUGCGUUCAUAGCCUUUAAGUUCCAUUUAUAUAUUCUUACGUCCAUGAUUUCAGUGCUGUGAGGACAGUCUCUAUUACUUUCUGAUCAUAGGUUAAUAUAUCUUACGGCAAUCUAGUUAUCUAACUGCGUACCAGUAAGUUUGGGGUCAUGUCUUUAGCGCUUUGAGCGAAUGCCGCGAGGCGAGCGUCGGUGUGCGUAAAAUGGCGGACGGUGACAUUGAUUUGUACGCCGACGAUCUCGAGCAAGAUUUUGCCCAGAUUCACGAUCUCGCUGUAUCUUUCUGAAUCUGUAUGUGCUGCGAAUAUAAGCAUCAGAUACGUGCACUGGGAAAACCAAAAUGGUGUUAGCUUCAACGUCGAGGCAAAUAUCGAACCGUUCCCUCUACUCCGAGUAUCAGAGUAUGGAUGAAUUUGCUGGAGAUGGCGUUGACCUGUACGAUGACGUGAUUGCGGCUGCACCAGGUGGUAAUGGUGGUGUUUCUACUGGUAACAGCGCUACAGGCGAUGGUGAUACAACAUCGCCUAAUGAGGAAACUAAUGGUACUGCGCCUUAUCAUCAACUUGGAAAUAACAUUCAGCCCAACCAAAUUGGAAGACGACAUCAACUAUAUGUUGGCAAUUUAACUUGGUGGACGAGUGAUCAAGAUAUAACUGAUGCUGUUCAAAGUAUAGGAGUUAAUGACUUUGUUGAAGUGAAAUUUUUUGAAAAUCGUGCUAACGGUCAAUCAAAAGGGUUUUGUGUUAUUUCUUUGGGUUCGGAGCAAAGUAUGAGAAUUUGUAUGGAAAGACUUCCUAAAAAAGAACUUCAUGGUCAAAAUCCAGUUGUUACUUUUCCAACAAAACAAGCAUUAAAUCAGUUUGAGUCUCAGUGUAAAACAAGAACAGCUCCUGCCCCUCAACAAAGUCAAAGUCAACGGCCACAUAAUCCACAUCAGCAUCAACCACCAAUGCCAUCUCAUCAGCAACAUCCACAGCAUCCUCAACACCCACAACAUUCACAACAAAACCAUGGCCCAAGGAUGAUGAUGGGUCCACCGCAGGGUGUGCGACCCCAAAGGAUGCCACCACCUGGUAUGGGCCCUCCUGGACCAGGUGGUCCUGGGCAACAAGGUCCACCUCGAAUGCACGGUCCACCAAUGGGUCCUGGUCCUGGACCACAUCAUCCUUUACCUGGUCAUCCUAAUCAAGGACCUCCACCUCCUGGUUAUCAGCAAGGACCAUGGAAUGGUCCAAGACCCAAUGGUCCUCCUGGACCACCUAGAGGACCUAGUGGCCCUGGUGGACCUCCUCAGCAAGGACCUCCUGGACCAGGACCAGGACAGCAUCGACCACCUGGAAUGCAAUUCCAUGGCGGUCCUCCUGGGCCCCCUGGACAGGGUCCACCACGUGGUCCUCCAGGACACCCUGGAGGUCCUCCAGGAGAUCCGCGCGGUGCCCCACCUCGUCCUGAAUGGAACAGACCACCCGGAAUGCAUCAUGGGCCUCAGGGACCUCCAGGUUUCCCUCAACAUCAACACAUGCAAGGCCCGCAACCUGGACAAGGCCCACCUCAAAGAGGACCUCCUCCAGGUUCUAUGGGUGGAAUGUUGCCAGGUCCAGGUGGGCCUCCGCCGGGGCACGGUGGUCCGCCGCAAGGACCUCCGCAAGGGCCGCCAGGUGGACCAGCUCCACAUGUGAAUCCGGCAUUCUUUGCGCAAGGUCCUCCGCAUCAACAUCCUGGUCAACAUCCUGGAGGACCUCCCGGUCCCCCAGGUCCUCCUCACGGGCCGCCUCAUGGGCCCCCUCACGGACCACCUCAUGGUCCACCUCAUGGUCCUCCUCACAACCAACCUCAUGGUCCCCCUCAUGUACCACCUCAUGGUUAUGGACCUCCAGCUGCUCAG